UGGUGUAUUUGAUGGCCAUGGCGGACCAAUGGCGGCUGAAUUUGCGGCCAAGAACUUGCAUGAGAACAUAAAAGAUCAAUUGAUGAUGAUGACAAGCGGGGAAAGCGAAAAGAAAAAUAUUGAAGAAGCUGUCAAAAAUGGUUAUCUCAUGACGGAUAAAAAUUUCUUGAAAGAGGGUAUCAGUGGUGGUACAUGCUGCCUCACUGCACUGAUACAAGACCAUAGCCUAGUGAUCUCCAAUGCCGGUGACUGCCGUGCGGUCAUGAGCCGACGAGGUGUCGCCGAGGCUCUCACGUCAGAUCAUAGGCCCUCAAGAAAAGACGAGAAGGACAGAAUUCAAACCUUGGGUGGAUAUGUGGAUUGUUGCCGUGGUGUUUGGCGAGUUCAGGGAUCUCUAGCUGUAACAAGAGGAAUCGGAGAUGGGAAUCUUAAACAAUGGGUGAUAGCUGAACCAGAGACCAAAGUCUUAAAAAUUAAGCCGGAUUGCGAGUUCUUGAUCUUAGGCUCUGAUGGUCUGUGGGACAAGGUUAGUGAUCAGGAGGCAGUAGAUGCAGCUCGACCUUUGUUCAUGGAUGUAGAUAAGUCGGAUGUGCUUUCUGCUUGCAAACAACUAGUUGACCUCUCAAUAAAAAGAGGCUCCACUGAUGAUAUAAGUGUGAUGAUAAUCCAAUUAGGUCAUUUUGUUUCAUGGUAAAUUAGUUUUAAUUUGUUGUUCCGUUUUUUAACGUGUUAAGUUUUUACUUUUCGUUUUUGUUUUUCUUAACUAAAUUAA